CUUCUUCUACAUCCAUCCCCAAAUUCGCCAUUUUAAACUGCUAACCAACUGUUAUUCAACUGUGAACAAUGUUAUCAGACACGGAAAUUGUUAAUCGGCUGCAUGAAAUCCUCAAAAUAUCAGACCUUGACACCGCCACAACUGGCACAGUUCGUCGGCAGCUUGAAGAGGAGUUCGGAGUCGAUUUGAGGGACAAGAAGGUGUUUAUUCGGGAGCAGGUCGAUCUUUAUCUUCAGACCCAUUUCGGUGGACAAGAGGAAAAUGACGAAGGUGGUGAUGAGAAAGGGGAGGAGGAAGUGAAAUCAGAGGAAGAAGAAGAAGAGGGGGAGGAGGAGGAGGAAGAAGAAGUUGAAGGAACCAGUAGUGGGAAGAAUUCAUCUAAAAAAAGGUCAAAGAAAAAGGACAAAGAAGUCAAGAAAAGGGGAGGAGGUGGUUUUACAAAAUUGUGUAGUCUCUCCCCAGAACUUCAAGAAUUUGUUGGGGUGCCUGAAUUAGCCAGAACUGAAGUUGUCAAGCAACUGUGGAAAUAUAUCCGUGAGCAUAAUUUACAAGACCCAAGCAAUAGAAAAAAUAUACUUUGCGAUAAAACCCUGCGAACACUUUUUGAUGUUGAUUCCAUCGAUAUGUUCCAGAUGAACAAGGCCCUAACAAAGCAUAUAUGGCCAUUGAAUACAGAUGGUGCAGGUCAAGUGAAGUCUUCACCAAAAGAGAAGCAGCGAAAGCCUGACAGAGAUGAGGAUUCGGACGAGUCAAAAAACAAAGCAAAACGACAGAAGGGAGGAAGUUCGGGGAUUCUUGCUCCGUUAACUCUGUCCGAAGCCCUAGCAAAGUUCCUUGGUAGUGGAGACGAAGCACUUCCCCGAUCAGAAGUUGUGAAGAGGAUUUGGAAUUACAUAAAGGAACACAACCUCCAGGAUCCAUCUGAUAAAAGGAUAAUAAUAUGCGAUGAGAAGCUUAAAGAACUCUUGGGUGUUGAUUCCUUCAACGGUUUCACAGUAUCAAAACUCCUUACAGCUCAUUUUGUAAAGACAUAAUAUUAGCUAGCACUGAAGACUGAUCAAAUCUUUUUUCCCCCUUUGCAAAAAGUUUAUUCUCUGGAUGCUAGAUGAAAGGCUAUAAAUCUUCUAACUUUGAUUUUGUAUUUUGGUUUAGUUACUUGCACAUUCACUGAAAAGGGAGACUGUAGGAAAUGAUAAUUUCAAUUUUUUUGUUCUC